AGAUUUGCCGAGUCUUGAAUGGGAUGUGGCAAACUAGUGGCGGGUGGGGGCGUAUUGAUCGCGAUGACGCCGUUGAGGCCAUGCUCAAGCUCGCCGACGCCGGCCUCACUACCUUCGACAUGGCCGAUCACUAGGUUAUGCACCAUUCUUUUACCAAUUUCACCUUCCACCCACUGGACCUGAAAACCAGAAAAGAUGCUGAAUUUAGAAAACGCUGUCUGAAGCCGUUGCAAUGUGUACUAACUGAGGAUAACAGGAAAAUUAUAGUGAAGAAUGGGAAGGAUUCAUUAGACAUAUGUAGGGUUGUGAAUGGGAUGUGGCAGACCAGUGGUGGCUGGGGCAAGAUUGAACGUGACAAUGCUGUUGAUGCUAUGCUUAAAUAUGCUGAUUCUGGACUCACCACUUUCGAUAUGGCUGAUAUAUAUGGACCUGCUGAAGAUCUUUAUGGGAUUUUCAUCAAUCGUGUUCGCCGAGAACGCCCACCAGAGCUCUUGGAUCAGAUUAGAGGUCUUACUAAGUGGGUGCCACCACCAGUUAAGAUGACAAGUAGCUUUGUGAGGGAGAGCAUCAACGUUUCACGAAAGAGAAUGGAUGUAUCUUCCUUGGACAUGCUUCAGUUCCAUUGGUGGGACUAUUCCAAUCCCGGUUAUCUUGAUGCUCUUAAAAACCUGACGGACCUAAAAGAAGAAGGUAAAAUUAAGACUGUAGCUUUGACAAAUUUUGACACAGAAAGACUACAAAUAAUUCUGGAAAAUGAAAUCCCUGUCGUCAGCAAUCAGGUCCAACAUUCAAUCAUUGACAUGCGACCUCAGCAGAGGAUGGCUGAGCUCUGUCAACUUACAGGAGUUAAACUUAUAACGUACGGGACAGUAAUGGGUGGGCUGCUAUCUGAAAAAUUCCUUGACACCAACUUAGCCAUUCCUUUUGCUGGGCCGCCAUUAAAUACACCCUCACUCCAGAAAUACAAAAGGAUGGUGGAUGCUUGGGGGGGAUGGAGUCAGUUUCAAGUUUUGCUGCAGACACUCAAAAAGAUAGCCAAUAAACAUGGUGUCUCAAUUCCAACUGUUGCUGUAAAAUACAUAUUGGAUCAGCCAGCAGUGGCAGGAUCAAUGAUAGGUGUUCGGCUUGGUUUAUCAGAACAUAUCAAUGACACCAAUGCUGUGUUUUCACUUGUUCUUGACGAGGAGGAUGUAAAUAGCAUACAAGAAGUUUCCAAAAGAGGGAAAGACCUAAUGAAAGUAAUUGGGGACUCUGGAGAUGAAUACAGGCGCAUAUGAACGGAGCUUCCAUAAUCUUUUUUGCUGUUAAUGGUUAUCUAUAUAUAACUUUUGUGUGUAAUGUAGCACAUUACUUCAGUUAAAAAUAUUCUAAGCUGUCUGUUACUCAA